GAGCGGUGAGCAGACACCGGCCUGAGGGAGAGGAGUGAUAACGGCAGCGGUAGAUAGCGAGGACAAACACCAAGAAAGUUGGUCAAACGAAGGAAUAUUUCUGAAGUACGAUUUAAUAUUUAUUUAUUAGUUUAUUGUCGACGUAUUUAUUUCUUUAAAAAAAUGAACGGAGUGACGAGAAGUCUGUGCACGUUCGAAGACAUCAGAAGUCAAGAAUAUGGGGACGGGUGCAGGAGACUGCGGCUCACACUUCACAACCAGAGCCCAACGGAGAGGAGCAGAGAGCAGCACAGGGAUAAGCCUAUCGGACGAGCUUUUGCACUGGUGCAGCCGCCCAUCAACAGGACAUCUCUGACUCCAGAGCCGGUCAAAUCUACAGAGGAGCAGGUGGAAGUUAUCAAGGUUUAUUUAGAGGCACGCAAACAAGAGCAGCAGAAGCACGAUCAGAGCCUGAAGAUGCUGUCGGAUGAAGUUUCACAGAUACAGGAGGUGAGGUACUGCCUGAAGACACUGAGGGAGCAGAUGGCAGCCAAAAGCAAGCCCCACACAAAUGGGUGGAAAGUUGGUGUUCCCUUUAAAAAGAGCUCAUCCACUUCCAAAGCUGGACCUAAAGCUGAUGGGCAGGACGCAGAUGAAGAAGCAGAGAGAAACAAGCUGAGGGAGGUCAGUAAGCGCUUGUAUGCACAGCUCCAGGAGGCAGAAAAGAAGCACCAAGAGGAGAAAGAGAAGCUUCAGGCUGAAGGCAGCAUGCUGAGGGAGCAUUUGAGCAGCCAAGAGCAGAAGUUAAAGAUUGCAGAAGAAGUCAACGAGAAGAAAGACCAGCGCAUAGAGGAGCUGCAGAGGCUGCUUGGAGGGAUGGAGCAGGAGAGUGCCACUCUGAGAGAAGCCAUCCGCAACCGGGAGGAGGAACUACGUGAGCUGCAAAAGCUGAGAGAGGAGGGCCAGAAAGGGGACCUGAGGGCAGAGCAGCUGGAGAAGGAGGUGGCUGUUCUCAAAGAAAAGAUCCACCAUCUGGACGACAUGCUGAAAUGCCAGCAGAGGAAAGUCAGACACAUGAUUGAGCAGCUCCAGAACUCUCGCAUGGUGAUCCAGGAGAGGGACCGUGUGAUCAAAGACCUAGAGGAGAAAGUGGCUUUCUUAGAGGCGGAGAACCGAGAGAUGCAUGACCAGAUGGACUACUUCCUGGGAGGGCAGAGGUCAAAUUCUUACCUUUCAUCAGAACGCAACCCCCAGAUUGUCUACAGUAGACCACUCAAGCCGUCCACCUCCUCCAGCAAACCACUCCCUUUCAUCAAAGUCAUCGAGAUCAAGUCAUGAAGCGACUGAGCAGCAGAAACACACAGAAGGUGUCCAGAACCGCCAAACGCUUUCAACACAGACUGAAACCACACAGCAAAACAUCUGAUUCAUGAAUGUCUGGGAUGUCAGAGCUGAUACUUCUUGGACUGCAACUAUGUCAACACUUAAAGUGGUCAACCACAAACACGUAUGAAGGAGCCUGUAUAUGUUAGCUUUACUGUAGAUAGGCUGGCUGAACUCAGUCACCUGAUGUACAUUUGAAGUUAUUAACAAUGUUCUUUGUGUGUUUCCUUCUCCUGCCCUGUUUCAAUCACUUUUAUAACCUCUGAGUUUACGACAUUGACGUUGUAUUGAUACAGAAAUGUGGGGCAAAGUGCAGAUGUUUUUGCCAAAGUGGGUUAGGACAUUGUAAAGUUCAUAUUCAGGAAUGUAGCAAAUGAAGCAAACUAAGCUAGAGCUUCAUGUAAAAAUCAUUAACAAGUUGACCUAUAUACUGCCUUUUCCUUCUCAUUAGUCACUUAUUUAUGACUUUAUUCACUUUCUUGAGUGAAUGGUAAACUGCUCCAAGUGUGUAAAUACUGACCGUAGCCUGUAGAAAGUUAAACAUGCGCAGAAGAGAGCUGUUUUUACAUAAAAACUAAUUUCUAAAGCCCUGAACAGUAUGGCACUUCAUGACAAUGUGAGGAAGCAGAGGAAAAAUGAAUGUGUCAAAUUUCGACGUAUCUGCUUCAUUAAAGUGUCAUUUCUCCUCUAAAUAUUCUUGUAAAGCAUUUCAUUUCAGUGCGGUUAUGUAUAGAGUCAUUUUGUUUUGUAUAUAAUAUUAAUGAACAUGUUUUGAUGUUUUAACUUCUAACAGAUUCCUCCUUUGUAUUUAUUUAUACUAAAAAAACUAGAAAGAUUGUGUGAUAGAUUUUUAAAGAAGUACUUCAUAAUCUGUUUUUUUUUUUUUUUUUGUGGUUUUCAGAAUAAAUGAUGUAAAAUAAA